CAUCGCGGCUCUGUGCGCUGCCGCAUCCCGGGGAAGUUAGCGGUGUGGGGAGAGCGGUCACAGCAGCGGGGGGAGCGGAGCCGGAUCGGGGCCGAGGGCUGGCCGUGCGGACCUGGGGGGAGAGCCGUACGCACUGGGGAUGAUCUGCUGCCGUCCUUGGUGAUGUACAAGCCCAAUCCAAUUAGGUGUCACCUCUAGGCUGUGAUGCGGCUGUGCCGUCCCUCUCUGCGCUCCCGUCCGCAGUCCGCUCCAUGCAGCCGCGGUGCGCCUUCACACCCGCAGCCGUGAAGCAGCCCCUGCAGCGGGGACGCCGCUUCUUUCUCAUUCUCUGAUUUCAAGAGGCCAGCUUCUGUGCUUUCCCCCUGAUCUUUACGCGUUUUAAUUUCAUUUUAUUUAUUUUCUGCAAACAAAAUGAGGAGCGCAGAUCGGCGGAUCGCGGAGAGCCGGGAGUCGUAGGGGAUCCCGGAUCCCGCCGUCAAAAGAGGGACUUUCAUGCAAAAGGUGGCUCGUUUCCGCAAGCCAUGGAGGGACUUGUCUAAAGUGGAUCCAGUAUAGUUUUUGUUUUCUUUUCUUUUUAUUUGUUUUCUUGCGGGAAACGUCGAAUAUCCAUCUCAGCGGCGAUGGCCGAGAAGCCGGGUUGUGGGUUGUCCAAAAGCAGUACGCGAGCCACGGGCUCCCUGCCUCCGGAGCCCAUUGAGAUCAUCCGGACGAAGGCGCGGUCGCGGAGGGUGCGCAUCAACGUCGGGGGCCUCAACCAUGAAGUGCUGUGGAGGACCCUGGACCGGCUCCCUCGAACCCGGCUCGGCAAGCUCAGAGACUGCAACACGCACGACUCCUUAAUGGAGGUGUGCGACGACUACAGUCUGAACGAGAAUGAGUAUUUCUUCGACCGGCAUCCUGGCGCUUUCACUUCCAUCCUGAACUUCUACCGGACAGGCAAGCUGCACAUGAUGGAGGAGAUGUGUGCUCUGUCCUUCGGACAGGAGCUUGACUAUUGGGGCAUCGACGAGAUCUACCUGGAAUCGUGCUGCCAGGCACGUUACCACCAGAAGAAGGAGCAGAUGAACGAGGAGCUUCGCAGGGAGGCGGAGACGCUGAGGGAACGGGAGGGCGAGGGGGAGUUUGAUAACACCUGCUGCCCAGAGAAGAGGAAGAAGCUCUGGGACCUUCUGGAGAAGCCAAGCUCCUCUGUGGCGGCCAAGGUCUUGGCGAUCAUCUCCAUCCUGUUCAUUGUCCUCUCCACCAUCGCGCUGUCACUGAACACCUUACCGGAGCUGCAGGUCAUAGACGAGUUCGGCCAGGCGAACGACAACCCGCAGCUGGCGCACGUGGAGGCCGUGUGCAUCGCCUGGUUCACCAUGGAGUACGUCCUGCGCUUCCUGUCCUCGCCCAACAAGUGGAAGUUCUUCAAAGGGCCUCUCAACGUCAUUGACUUGCUGGCCAUACUGCCAUAUUACGUCACCAUUUUCCUGACCGAGUCAAACAAAAGCGUACUGCAGUUCCAGAACGUGAGGCGAGUCGUCCAGAUCUUCCGUAUCAUGAGAAUACUGCGGAUUCUCAAGCUGGCCAGGCACUCCACCGGACUUCAGUCCCUGGGGUUUACCCUCAGACGAAGUUACAAUGAACUCGGACUGUUAAUACUGUUCUUAGCCAUGGGCAUCAUGAUCUUCUCAAGUCUUGUGUUCUUUGCAGAAAAAGACGAAGAUGCCACAAAAUUUACCAGCAUUCCGGCUUCAUUCUGGUGGGCCACCAUCACUAUGACCACUGUCGGAUACGGUGACAUUUAUCCGCAAACAUUGCUGGGCAAAAUAGUCGGUGGCCUCUGCUGUAUCGCAGGUGUCCUGGUCAUAGCCCUGCCCAUUCCCAUCAUCGUGAACAACUUCUCUGAGUUCUACAAGGAACAGAAGCGCCAGGAGAAAGCGAUCAAACGCCGAGAGGCCUUGGAGCGAGCCAAGAGGAAUGGGAGCAUCGUCUCCAUGAAUCUGAAGGAUGCGUUCGCCCGCAGCAUGGAGCUGAUGGACGUGGUGGUGGACAAGUCCGAGGAGAAGCGCUCCCUGGACAACCACCUGUCGCCCAGCAGGUGGGGCGCGCCGCAGCGCGCCAUGUCCGAUGCCAGCCUGAAGUCGUUUGACAAAAAGUACCAGGAGGGCGCUCCGCCGGGGUCGCAAGAUCGCAUCCCAAACCUCGGCUCGAGCCCACAGCGCCUCAACGUGCAGAAGCUGGAGGAGAUGUACAACCAGAUGACGAAGUCGCAGUCGUUCAGCGGCCUGAACACGGCAGGGAGCACGCAGAGUGCAGUGCCACUGCAGUGCGAGGUGGAGCUGGAGAUGAAGCCAGUGCCGCUGGCCUGCAGCCUCCCCCAAAAAGAGCGACCCUUCACCGAAAUCAAGAGCGUGUCGAGCGUUGACAGCUUUGCUAGCUGCAUGGCGGACCCCCCCGAGGGUGAGCAGGGUAGGGGGAGACACCCACGGGCCCCACCCCUGGAUCUCCGUCAUUUGGUCCCACCAGUCGAGGUGGCAGAUGGCAGUGAAGGUGACCACAAUGGAAUGCCAACCAAGGACAGCCUCUAUGAGUUUGUCCUUCCAAACCCGGACAGCGGUGCAUCCUCAACUAAUGAGGAUCAUCACAACUCCGACCAGAGCACCCUUGGUGGCAGCAACCCGUCAAGGAGCAGGGCUCGCAAGGUCAACUUCACCGAGACGCCGGAGGAAUUUCCGCCGGAGCUGGAGGGCAGCUUACUGGAGGGGGAGGGGCCCCAUCCGGGUCCCGCCCCUCAAGCACUGGACGGGUUACUUCAUGCAGAAUCCCCCCGGCCUCCAAUGGAAGAGCGUGACAGCAAUACAGGGGACCAGAAGGAACCAGAAGGUGUCACCCACGAGGAGCAGGACCAGGCAGUGGGGGGCAGCACAACCACCGAAUCGCCCUCGCAGAACUGCACGCCAGCUGCCAGCGGUGCGGUCGUGGACAGCAAGUCUGACAACAAUCAGACAGGACACAAGGUGGAAAAUCACAUGUUCUCCCCAGACAUUAGAACAGGGGAGGGCGCUGUGUCACCCCCCUGCGAAACCAGCAUGUGACUGUGGAGUGUGAAGGGGAUGCCCACAAGUGGGCGCCCAUGUAGGGAAUGAGGUAUAUUUGCAUGGUACAAUGAGGCGCCUUUCCUCCACGAUGCAGUGGGAAACUGAAGCUGGCACCUUCAUCACAUGACCAGGGUCUAUAAGAAGACUCUAGGUUACGAGCGUACAAAGACUUUUAUUUUCUGUGAAAUGUAAAUUCAGACCUUGUACUAUUCCUCUUUUUUUAGCUGCUGUAAGAAAUGCACAAAGAGGGACUGAUUGUUUAAAACAAAAGCAUGCAUUUAAAACUGUAAAUCAAAGGUGCUUAGUUUGCUGCAAGUGAUUCAGUGUAAAUAUGACGGCAGUGGAGAUGACAGCAAAUGCACAGGGAGAUACAGAAGGUUUCCGGGCGCCGAGAGUGAGAGACACUGAGAAGCAUGCUGAUAAGUCUGCAACGUAGCGACCUAUGAAAACAUAUCAUUACUUUUUAUGGUAAGGCACUGUCUUUCAAUGACAAUGACGCGAUGAUUUUCGUUUUUAAACUUUGUCAAGGGAAAUUACAUUUACUAUGUAUUGUGGUUGGCUUUUCAAGCCAGUGACGUAAUCAAAAACCGCAGACCAGACGUACAUGCCACUCCGUUUUUCUAUGAUCCUGUACCUGAUUUUUUAUAUAAUUGCCAAAUAAUAACUGAAAACGUCAGAGGUUAUCAUGACUGAUGACAUUCUACCUUGGUUACAGAACUCUGCAGUGGGUCAUUGAAUUAUUAUAUCUACUCCAAAGCCAGAAUUCCUUGCUGACAGAAAUUGAGCAAAACAUGGUAAAAGACUAGCCAGUGAUAUUUACAGAGAGAGCAUGCUUUAUUUCUCAAGCGGCAGUAUUAGGGGCAGAGUGACAAAAAUAUUGAAACUAGCGAUAAAUUAGAGAGCUGGGAGGUGAGGCUGUUUUAUCACAGAUUAAAUUAUUGAUUACUUCAUAGUAUCCGCUGUUAAAUCUUUCCCGUGCCAUCCGCAGACCUCACAGCGAGAGUUCAGUGCUACACCUUGUCCCAGAAGAUGAUAAAACUCUCCAUCCUGGCCGAGGACCAAAAAGACAAAUCCUCCUGCUUUUCUCUUCAGGCACAUUGACAUCAUUGUAUAAAAGUGUCACGUCAUUUUCAGUUUCUUUACAGAAUGGUUCACUGUAUAAACACAUUCUUUACGCCCAGAUCAUUCUACUUGCAGAGAUCACUUUCCCUCACCUGAGUUACUUUCAGCUGUGGUUUAACACAGAUUGUCACAUCAUAUUGUUAUUCUGAAGGCUAAACCAGUUUUGCGUAAACAUGAUCCUAUAGUUUUCCUCUGUAGAUUUGCAGUGUAGUUUGUCUUCUGUUGCCUUUUAUUACAUACGAUGCGUCUGCUGAACAAGAUUUGCGUUUGAAAAGCCUCGCCGUGACGAAGGCAGCCACAUCACCCGUGGUCAGGUUCAGAUGAGGACGAUUGUAGCUCACUGUUGCUUCGACUACUCAUGCCAUACAGUGAAGUGCAAUACCGCUCACUGUAAUCUAUGCAGGCCCUGAUAUGUGGCACUUUUGAUUACAGUCCAGUGGAAUUGUAAGAGUAUAGACAGUAUUAAAAAAGCUAGUAUUUCUCAAUACACCUUUAAUAUCAAAUAAGAGUAUUACCCCGUAUAAUAACAAUGCAUAGGUAUGACUAAAGCAGAUCAGUCAAUAAACACUUAGUAAUACAGCUUCAAUAGGUGGCUUACAUAUUA